AUGUGGGCGAUGCAUCCGACUUUUCAUGCAUUAGUGGAGGGUUCUUGGAGCCAAGAAACUGGGGUUCUGUGUCCGAUUUAUAAGGUUAUGUUUAAGCUUAAACGGCUUAAGAAGGAGCUGAAAAAUUGGAAUAAGAACGUUUUUGGCAACGUUGAUGCUUUGGUGGAUGAAACUCAAAGAGAGUUGAUGGAUAUUCAGAUGAGAAUUUCUCUUCAGGGCUAUACGGAUGAGUUGUUUGAAAAGGAGGUUCAAGCUCAGGCUAAAAUUAAUGUUGCUCUGACUCGUAAAAGCUGCUUGCUCCAGCAAAAAAGCCGCGUCUCAUGGCUUAAGGAUGGGGACAGGAAUACUGCCUUUUUUCAUGCUACGCUUCGCUAUAAGCAUAAACCUAGGGUGAUUUCGCAGCUUAUGAUUGAUGGGACCAGAGAAUCAAACCAGGACAGGAUAGGUGAGCAUAUUGUUGAUUACUUCACCACUCUCUUUACUGAGGAUAGUGGCUCUGAUGUUGGUAUUGAGGCGAUUGAGGCUGUUAUUGACCCUGUUAUUUCUGAUGAACAUAAUGCGGUCCUUUCGGCUAUUCCUUCGGACGAGGAGAUUACUGCUGCGGUCUUUAGCAUGGAUAGUGAUAGCUCGCCUGGACCUGAUGGUUUCUCUGGGAAGUUUUUUCAGGUUGGAUGGGAGAUUAUUAAGCAUGAUAUUUGGGCUGCUGUUCAUGCUUUUUUUAGGAAGUCUUACCUUCCGUCGGGAUGCAAUUCCAGCACUCUCAUUCUUAUUCCGAAGAAAGAGAAUGUCAUUUCUGUUUCUGACCUUAGGCCGAUUGUUCUUUCCAAUUUUCUGUUUAAGAUUAUCUCGAAAGUGUUGGCCUCGAGGCUCAGUAGGAUUGCGGAUUUCUAUGUUUCUCAGAAUCAAUUUGGGUUUAUCAGUGGCCGCUCCAUUCACGAUUGCAUUCUGAUGGGAUCUGAAGGUUUUAAUUGCAUGAAGCGUACGGGCAGAGGACAGAAUAUGGCUUGCAAAAUUGACAUCCGCAAAGCUUUUGAUACUCUUCGUUGGGGUUUUCUGAUGAAUGUCCUUAAGGUUAUGGGUUUUGAUGUGAGAUUUAUUGAUUGGAUCAGGAUCAUUCUUACCUCUGCCCGGCUUUCCAUUCUUUAUAAUGGGAAGCUUUACGGGUAUUUUGGUUGUUCGCGUGGAGUGAGGCAGGGAGACCCUCUUUCUCCUAUCCUCUUUGGGAUUGCUGAGGAUGUUCUGAGUGCUCUCUUUCGUAACUGUGUUACUUCUGGUCAUCUUACUCCCAUGACUAUGACUCGGUCGCAGUUUUUUCCGACGCACCUCCUUUAUGCUGAUGAUAUUUUGGUUUUCUGUAAGGCCUCUGUUCGGAAUGCGAAGACGAUCAAGAAAAUUCUGGAUUACUAUAGUUGGAUUUCUGGGCAAACUUGUAGCAGUGAGAAGUCUCAUAUUUAUUUCUCUGCUAAAGUUCAUGCUGUGACGAAGCGUUCAAUCCUGAGAGAUUUGAAUUUUGUGAAUGGUGUGGCCCCCUUCACUUAUUUGGGGGUUCCGAUCUUUGAUGGGCGUGUCCGUGCUUCAUACUUCAGGCCGAUUCAUGAUCGGAUUCUUGCCAAGUUUUCUAGAUGGCGUGGGCGGCUUCUUUCUAUGGCGGGUCGUCUGUGUCUGGUUAAGUCGGUGAUUCAGAGUUCGAUCACGCACUCUAUGAUGGUGUACAAAUGGCCGAGAUCUUUGCUGAAAGAUUUGGAUGAUAAGUGCCGCAACUUCAUUUGGACGGGUGAUGUUAGAAAGACGCCUUCUUGUUCGGUGAGCUGGAGCCGUGUUUGUGCCAUUAAGGAGGAGGGGGGCUUGAUGGCGUGGAAGAUUAUCUGUGGCAAGGGUUUCGGGUUUCCUAUUUUACAUGACCGAUACUUGGACACUUUCAGCCAAGUGAGAUGUGAUUCGAUCUCUUCGUCUGUUUGGCUUGGUCUCAAGGAUGAGGUGAGUGAUUUGGUGGAGAAUUCCUACAGCUUUAUUGGUGACGGCACGACCACGAAUUUCUGGUGUGAUGACUGGCUGGGUUACAAAAUUUCUGAGAAAUGCAAGGUUCCUCUUUAUGUUCUUGAUUUGCUAGAACAUUCUGUUGCUGACUAUUUCUAUGAUGGGGUGUGGCAUUUCACCCAAGACUUUAUUAAUGCUUUCCCCGAGAUUGUUGGUGAUAUUUUGGUGCUUCCUAUUGGCGAGGGGUCUGACACUCGUUACUGGAAGCCCUCUCUGCAUGGCACGGUCACUGCUGCUCUUGCUUUUGCUAAUCACUGCCAUCGUUUCCCUCGUGUUUGCUGGGGAUCUUGGAUUUGGAAGCCUUAUAUUCCGGUUAAGCGUUCUUUAGUCUGCUGGCGGGUUCUUCAUGAUCGUCUUCCUACCUACGAUCGCUUGAUUAGAUAUGGUAUGAUCAUGCCCAAUCAUUGUGUCUUUUGUUUCUCCUCGGGAGAAACUAUGGACCAUGUUUUAUGGUCUUGCGGAUGUGUUAGACCCAUUUGGAUUGAGUUCUUGAGUUGGUUUCAGCUUUCUGAGGCUGCUAAUGCUGCUGAUAUGCAUAGUUUCUUGGUUAGGGCCUGGGGUUACAAGUUCAGUUCUCAGCUGGACAGUUUUUGGCGAGCUGGCAUCAUCGCUAUUUUAUGGGCGAUUUGGACUCAGAGGAACUCUUGCAUCUUUGAUAAUAAAUGUUUUGACCGAAGGCGGAUCACCCAUUUUGUCAAAGUUGCUUUUAAAGAGAUGGAGAAUAACUUUAAUCUUGGUCAUAUGAACAACUCUUGGAAAGAUUAUACUAUUCUCAGAUCGCUUGGCGUUGCUACUCGUGCUGCCCCUCCACCGGCCUUCAUCGAUGUGCAUUGGUGGCCUCCGGUGCCUCCUUGGAUUAAAGUUAACACGGAUGGUUCUGCAAUGGGAGCUCCUAGUAAUAUUGCGGCUGGUGGUGUCUUCCGUGAUAACUUUAAUUGGGUUCGUGGUUGUUUUCAUUAUAAGGGUGGCGUUGGUUUUGCCUUUGAAGCGGAGCUUCUUGCGGUUAUUAAAGCCAUUCUUAUUGCCCAUGAUCGGGGCUGGCUUCAUUUAUGGGUCGAAUCCGAUUCUACGUACAUUGUUCAUCUGCUGCAUGAGUGCUCUACCGCUGUGCCUUGGCGCUUCAUUGCUCUAUGGAAUAAGGUUCUUCGUCUCCUUCCUGAUUUCACUCUUCAGAUUUCUCACAUUUAUCGGGAGGGAAACAAAGUUGCUGAUAUUAUGGCAAACUAUAGUAGAGACGAAGGCUGGUGGCCUUAUGCUAUUGAGGAGAUUAAGGAUGCUGUGCAACUUGAUAUGGCUACUCACAGUCAUACUCGUAUGCGCUGA